AUGAAUAUUACUGAAGAAAAGUGGUCUAUUCAACAAUCUCAAGUUCCACCUUCACCUCACCAUCCACAUUCUGUAAUGUCACCACAAAUGAGUGGUAUGCCAGCAGAAAACUUUAUGCAGCCCUUUCCAUAUGAUGGACCAGCUGGCCAAGGUCAAUUGCAUUCCCAAAU